GUUCCCAAAGAACUCGAGAUGGAUGCCCAAGAAGAUGUCAAUAAAAAUCUCACUAUCCGUUCUCAAGGUGAAUAAUCCGGGUAUUGUUUUAGAUAGAGAGGCAACACAGAUACUUUUUCUCGCAUGAGGAUAGGGAUAAUUCCGAUUGACACCGAUAUAGAUAGAAUAGAAUAUUCUAAGACUUACAUCGAAUUAAUGUACGAAGUCAUAAUUUCGCGGAGUCUGAGUAGUCUUGAUGCUCUUCCGCCUCAAGAACUUAGCAAAAUUAAUGGAACCGAUGACAAAGGAAAUUUCGUAAAGACUUCCGGGUUUAUCAAGGAUUUAAACACUUAUUAUUGUUCGGGGAAAUUUCCGAAGGAGUUGUUUGAAGCAUGGGACAUAUACAAAGGCAAACAUGGGGCGAUAACUUGUCAGAAUCAAAGACCAAACAUUUAUCCCGAAGAACAAAUAUAUUUAGUGUAUGAACAAGAGUACGGUGGACAAGCAUUCGAAAGAUACCGAUUUGCUAGCAAAUACGAAAUAUUGAGCUUCUUGUAUCAACUUUCUGUCGCGUUAUGUCGCAAAGAAAUUAUUUACAAUUUUGAACACAGGGAUUUACACAUGGGCAACGUGCUGAUUAAAAAAGUACCGCACGAUACAACAAUACUUUAUGAAGGAUCUGGUAAAUUGGAAAAUAUUACGAUCUUAUCUUUCGGGAUACAAAUUUCUAUCAUAGAUUUCUCUUUCUCGAGAAUGACUAUCGGUAAAAAUUAUUUUUAA